CAGAACCUACCCUCGCAGGAAUAUACAGGUAGUGUGGAAAAGACAUGAUGGGUUUUCUCUUCUCAUUACUUCUUGCACUUACUCUGCUGAGAGAGAGCCAGGGUCUGACAAUUGCUGAAUGUGGAGACAGCUACAGACGCCCAGAAAAGACAGACAUCUUAGUGACCUGUGGAACCGGUACCAUGGAGCUGGCAAUAUUUGUCUGCCCGGUGAUGUUCUCCGGCUACAACGAAUCUCUCCUGGCACUGAACAAUCGCUUUCAAGACCCAAACUGCAAAGGAACGUUGGAUACCACUGCUACACCUCCGCUACUCAGAUUCCAAUUUCCCAUCAAUGAAAACUCUUCCUGUGGAAGCGUCUUCAAGAUAACAAGCACAUCUGGGACUGGGAUCUUCCAGGACUUCUCAAAUAUCCAGACAAUAAACAUCAGCGGCAUCAUCCGAUCAAGCGAUCCAUCAAUUGGCAUCGUGACAUACAACGAGGAUCUUGUGUACCUUUACUCCUGCACCUACCCACUGGAAUACCUUGUUAACAAUACCAAGAUAGAUGUGGUUGGGUCCUCUAUAGCAAUAAAGGACAACAAUGGAAGCUUCGUCAGUACUCUGAGCCUCCAGCUUUUUAAAGAUGUAAACUACACGUCACCACUUCAAAUACCACCGACGGGACUCAAUUUAAAGACCAAUAUUUAUGUGGAAGUCAAGGCCACUAAUUUAACACGCAAGUUCAACGUUCUGCUUGAUCGCUGCUAUGCUUCCACUUCUCAAUUUCCCAGCAACUCAACCUACUUUGAUCUAUUUGUUACCUGUUCGGAAGACAAAAGGACAACAAUCAUUGUAAACGGUGACACCCAGUAUGCAAGGUUCAGCUUCCCAGCUUUCCGCUUUACUGAGCAGCAGAAUCUGACGGUCUCUACCUACUAUUUACACUGCAUCACCCGGCUCUGUGACAGCAGCGCCUGCAAAGACUUCAAGUGCAACACGAAGAGGAGGAGACGUGAAGUGGGAGCAACCCCUCCCCCGACAGUGCUCUCUGAUCCCACCACCAUCUCUUCAGGACCGAUCAUAACCAGCACCGAGAGCGUGCUGCAGUCCAAAGAAGCAGCGAUUGCUUCUGCACAAGUAAAUGAAGUUACAAGCAUCUCCGUUGGCCUGGGAAUUGCUGUGGGGUUCCUCUCCCUGAUCGCCCUGUUGAUGGUAGGCAUUGCCUGCUACCUAAACAAAAAACUUCGACAAACACCUGGCCUGUCAAAAAUGCUCAAUAACUGAAUGUGCAUCCAGCCGAGUCAAGCCAUUUCUAUAACCAUAUCUGCAUCGAGGCUCAUUUAACACUUAUAUUAGCUUGGGGUUAAACAUUAAUAGAGAUUUCAGCUGAUUGUUCACCUUUAUAAUGGGAUGUUACUUAGCGCAAAUAUUGGCACAAUGCAUAAUUUUCGGCACUGCACUAACCACUAGAGACACAUUUAAUUAAUAAAGUAAAUGCUGCAAUGUUUUAACAGUUUUUGUUUCCUAAUCAGUUUUCUUAUUAUCUGCACCUUCCAGUGUAUUCAUAUUCAUUUUUAUAGAAUCAUACAUAUACAGUAUAUACAGUAUAUAUAUAUAUUUUGUGUACCAUUUAUUCAUAAAUAAAGUAUUGUAUUACCAUUACUGAACACUUACAGUUAUGUGUAUCAAUCCAAUGUUUUAACUGCAAUCUUUUUGAGUAUGAUUAAACUGAUUAUGCUAUUGGUGUCCCUAGAAGAGAUACAUAACUUGUCUACAUCCCAGCCACAAGGUGGUGCUGCAGUGCUAAUAACAAUGUUAUUCUGUGGCAUCAAAUAAUACAGGAACCCUGCUGUUUUUUGUUUUAUUUCCUGGUGAACUACAGUGAAAUAAAGGCCAGCCGAAUGAAUACAAAAUAAUCUAAAUGUGUAUUUUAUCACACUGCAUUUUCCAGCUGUUGCCAGUUGUCUAGUUAUUACUUUAAACAUUCACACACCAUAGCCUUGGAAUAACAUUUUUGUCAUGUAGUGAAAUUUAUAUUAACUUAAUGUACAGCUAUGGCCAAAAGUUUUGCAUCACCUAGAAUUUUAGGAUUGAGACAUAAUAUAUAUAUUCUGUAGGGUGAUGCAAAACUUUUUGUCUUAGCUGUAUAAGGAUUCUGGUCCCUAAGCCUGGUCAGUACUUGGACUGAAGGCCUCCAAGGACAGCCAGAUGCAUUAAUGCCGAGUUUCAUGACUGGCAAGCUGUGUAAUCUCACCUGACACUUCCAACUUUCUCAAGGUAUUCAUUUGGCUGACCCCAUUCAAAGCUGUUUGUUAUAAAGUAGCACAGUAUUUGAAAGAGCCACCGUUUUUAGUUUAAAUGUAUUUAAGGCUUCCUUUCUGUUUUAAGAAGAGUUUGAUCAUUUAAUCAAGUUUGAUAUACCUGUAGAAAUGACUUUAAACACUGUACAGCGAUGUAUUAGCAUGUAUGCAUUUAUUUGUCAGGGAUAACUUUCCAUUAUAGAUUAAUUUACACAUGAUUUAGCAAACAGUUAGAUGAUUUAAAAUACAAUAAAUAUUAACCUGGAAAGUACUGCUAGUAUCCUAUUGAUGCUCUUAAUUUUUGAAAAUGAUUCAUUAACACAUACAGUAAGCAGACCAGCAACAAAUGGCUUAUUAUGUGUUUCUUACAACCAUGUGAUCUAUAGCUAUUCAGUUAUGCUGGAGUGGUUGUCAUCUUUGAUCUCUGGUGAUAGGUAUUGUCCAUUGCACUGUAUCUCAUAUCCACAUCUAGUGAGGUCUUCCCAUAAUUGCACAAAAGGACCUCUUUCAGACCACGCAAUAUUACCUUACUUAUAUCACAGUGUAUUUUUGACAGGUCCUGUCUGGUUUAAUUCACCUG